UUUACUUUGCAUGGCCUGUCAUGAAUGCUCUCGAGGAUUCCUGGGGGUCCGCGAAUGACAGUUGGAGAACCGCUGGUGUAAAGUGUACAUAAGCGUGGACACACAGCUUGGCGAACGCUGCAACGCGAUUGACCAGGUAAAGUCCUCUUGGCUCAUGCCCCACCCAGCAGCCUGUUUUGACAGCAUCUCCUCAAACCAGACACUGCAACUGAGGAAAAAAGAAAUCAGCAAAACAAAACAAGUGUCUCAUUGCCUGGGCACCUUUUGCACAUGCGUUUUCUGCUCGGCGUGUUUCCUUUGGCCUCAACGGAUGCUGACCUGAACACCACCACACCAGAGAUCUCUCCGCGUCAACGCGUUUAUAAAACCUUUCUUUUCGCUGUUGAAGCACGAAACUAGUAGGGUCAAUGACGAAGCUGUGUCGAAGCAACGCGCAUAGCACUGGUGCCAAAAUCUAUGUGAAAAAGCAUACUACGCAAAACAACUUCAAAAACAAGCACGACACUUAAAAAAAAAAAGUAUGGGAAACCAAGCCUGCAACAGGCUCACUAGCUGCAUAUCGAAGAGUCACCUAGUGGCGCUGCUUGCAACCAAGGUGAGGAGAGGACUUUAUCUGGCAGCUGCAACGUGUUUGAUGUCGACACCUAUAUUUAUCUUGCACCGCAAUCUAUAGUUGGGAAUUUCUAAUUAAAGUUAGAGAUGUGCCGAACAUACACUGAGAAAGGUGAUGAGCCGUCCUCCCUUUUCAUGCCCAGGGUUGAGGUCGGCGUCUCGGUCAACCCCCAAGCGGCGCCCCCUGCCCAGCCCCUCUGAUCCGCUGGGGCGCGCCCUUGGCGGGACGUCCCGGGUAGUGGCAGUGGACGUGUGCGCCCUGCGUCGUGGCCUGGGCCCCCUGGCAGGGCCAGACCUGUGCUGGGAGGACCUGGGGCUGGCCCACUGGCUGCUAGACCCCGGGGGAGGGAAGCGCUCCCUGGCACAGUUGGUGGAGCGCUGGGCCCCACAUUUGUGGCCCCUGCUGCCCCAAGGGCAGGAUUCUGGCAGCACGGCUGCUGCCAAGAGCUGCGUGCUGGCCCUGCACCUCCAGCAGCCAAUCAUGGCGGCCCUGCAAGAGGCACAGCUCUCCACCAUCUUUGCAGAGCUGGAGAUGCCUGCUUUAGGGGUGCUGUGCAAGAUGGACUGUAACGGCCUGGGCUACUCUGAGGAGGCUAGGGUGUUGGAAGCCCUGCACAGCGCCCUGGGACGGCUGCAGGCCAGGUGCACGUCCCUCGCCGGCCGGCAGCUGGCUCUUCACUCGCCCAGGGACGUGUCUCAGGCGGUGCGCCGGCGGCUAGCGCACCUUGCCGAGGCCAGAGGGCUCCUGAGCACAUCCAGCCGCCCGCUUACGAAGGCCCAGCUGGAGUCCCUGGCCGCGCUGGACCCGCUGCCCCGGCUUGUGCUCGACUGGCGCAAGGUGCACGCCGUGCUCAAUGGGAGCCUGGUCCCUGCGGCUCGCAGCGGGGUGCCCUGCCCCGAGCUGGGCAUGGUGCGCGUGCACCCCCGAUCGGAGCCCCAUAGCGCCACGGGAAGGGUGUCCCUGCGGGAGCCCAACCUCCAGGCGGUGGCCAGGGACUUCGAGGUGGCCCUCGACCCACCCGUCACCCUCAACCCACGACGGGCCUUCGUGCCCUUCCAGGGGGCCCUGCUGCUGUCUGCGGACUACUCACAGCUGGAGCUGCGUCUGCUGGCACACCUAUCUGCAGAUGAGGCCCUGGUGGCGGUUUUCUCCCAGGGAGGGGACGUCUUUGCCCAGAUGGCUGCCCGCUGGGGACACCAGACCACCAGGCACAGGGCAAAGCAGAUCUGCUACGGCAUUGUUUACGGGAGAGGCCCCCGGUCCCUGGCAGAAGAGUUGGGCAUGGAGGUGGCGGAGGCCGACCGCAUGAUGGCAGACUUCAGGCUCGCCUUUCCCGGGCUGCAGCGCUACGCAAACCAGCUGGUGUCCCAGGCACGCUCCCUGGGCCACGUGCGCACGGUGCUGGGCCGGCGCCGGCCGCUGCCCCAGCUACGCAGCGCAGACGCAGCCGUGCGUGCUCGGGCGGAGCGGCAGGCCCUGAGCACGGCCGUGCAGGGCUCAGCCGCGGACCUGCUCAAAAGUGCCCUGGUGGCCGUGGACGCCGCGCUGGCGCACCGCUUCCCGCACUCCAGGCACCCGCUCAGCACCCCCGGGUGUGGACAUCCCUCGUCGGGGGCCUUUCUGGUGCUGCAGCUGCACGACGAGCUGCUGCUCGAGGUGUGCGCCCGGGACCUGCCGACCGUGGCGGCCUUGGUGGCCGAGCGCAUGCGCACGGCCCUGCGACUGCGCGUGCCCCUGGCCGUGCGCCUCAGGGCGGGGCCCAGCUGGGGCCAGCUUGAGGACUACUCGCCGGGCAGCGCCGCCUAGGCAGGGCCAAUAAACGGCCACGCCUUUUUCUUAACGCAGAACGCAUUUUAUACAGGCGCAAAUCUGCGAACCAGCCUUUAAAAGCCAGCCCUGUUAUCGCAGUACCUGGAACGCGUCCUCGACCGGCGCGUUUAGGCCCAUGGAUCGAACGUGGUCCUCAAGUGGCAACACACGAUGUCGCGGGAGCCGGCGUGGCAUGCCGCUGGAUGUUGCGAUUCCGACAAUUGGUCGUAGGCACGCCGGCAAAAAAGGCAAGCGAAUGCGAGGGUCGCCGUCAUCCCGGCAUCCCAUCUUGCGUCUGCUUUCAUUUUCGUCGACUGCCUGGCUGCAGAGCGACCUACAGCAGAAUGGAUGUCUGCUGUGUCUACCUCCACUGCGGCGACACCGCCGGUGGCUGCGGCCACUGACGGCGCAACAGUUCUACGAUGUCGUGUAAAUCAAGGGACCAUUUUAGAGGACCCAGUGGACGUAAUACUAGUCGUAGACGCUUUCCGGGCGCCACACUGUACCCCGUUGCAAUUUAAGUCCAACUGCAGCCGACGCGAUGGCUCCAAUCGGGCAGUGCCAAAAGUGCGCUGUCGAAAUGCUUCUCGUCUUUGGAAGUUUGCUCUCACCAACUAAACCGACCGUGCACAGAAAAAAGUACAGGAUCGCGGCCCAUUCACUGUGUGCAAUUGGCUCUGUCGGACUUAAAGUGAAACGGAGUAUAGCGUUGUGCUUAGAACAAGUUUCUGAUCGUCGUAUUUACCCUGGCCUCGAAAGUGGUGUCUCGAUUUCCACCCGUUGACAUGGUAGAAACGUAGCGUCGUUGCUCGCCGCAGUUCUGCUGGCGUCGAAGCGGCAGAGGUAGGCAUGGGGGACACUGUUCUGCUGUAGGUCGCUCCACAGUGAGGCGGUCGAUAGAAACCAAAGCCGACGCACGAGGGGAAGCCACAACGAUGGCGAUCCUCACGUUUGUUCGCCUCUUUCGCCGGCAUUUCUACGACAUCAGGAUCGCGACGUCGGACAACACAAUGCAUCGGCUCCUGCGACUCGGUUCGUUGCCACCUCAGGACCUUGUUAGAAGCGCAGAAGGGACGGAAAGCACGCCGGUCGAAGGCGUGUUCCUGGGACCAUAAUUCUAGAGCUGGCUUCUAAAGGCUAGCUGGCACAUCCGCACUCAAGUGUGCAUCCACGCUCGAGUGGCUAAUUAGAUUGUUGUAGUAUGCAAGCCGAUUUUUGCAAUUUAUUUCAAGCAGCAAGAGUGUUUCUUGCACUAUAAAAUGGACCAGAAAAUUUCGUGCCUACACCUAGAAAGCUCAAACUUUCACCAAAUGUACAUUUAGGUGGUGGAUUUUAGCUUGUGAAAUUUCGGGGCAUUCUUCCUGUAAAAAUCGAGACCAACGUGCUUGCCAAAUUCAGCGGCGGACGUUUUCGCAGGCAACCAAGUUAGUGAUGACUAACUUGUGGCGCCAUCUCCCGACAGGCGCAGAGAGCAGACAACGCACCCUCCUGUCUGCCAGCCGCACCUAUUGGGAGAUGGCACCGCUAGUUAACAAUCAUCACUGACGCGGUUAUCUGCGAAUGCGACUACCUUCCACUUUGGCAGCUUUGUUGGCCUUAUUUUUUUAUAGGAAGAGAAUGCCCUGAAAUUUCACAAGCUAAAAUCCACUAGCUCAAUGCAUACUCGGUGAAACUUUGAGCUUUCUAUGUGCCGGCACCUAAUUUUUGCAUUCCAUUUUACAGUGGAGGAAACUCUGUAGGCACCCUCUAAAUUAGUCUAAUGCAAUCCAAUCUUUCUUAUUGCUUAUUUCAAUAAUAUGCUUGGACAAUCACACUUUCUUAUUGCUUAUUUUAAUAAUGUUCUGGACAAUCACACUUUCUAACUGCAAAUUUCUUCCCAGUGUUCAGUUCUGUGUGCCUUUUAUGAUUGAGACGAUGUAGUGAUUGACCGACUGAUGGUUGUGUAUUGGUGACAAUGUAAUUAAGUUGUUCUUUUGUUGAUGUUUUCUUAAUGCACCUGUUGAUCCGACUUUGAAAUGGUGAAUGAAAUGUCUUCUUGUUUUAUAUAUCCCUGUUAGCUAUCUUUGCUUUCUACCAAAGGCCUGCAGUAUGUUUUACAUAAAUAAAUGAAUUACUGUGGAGAACCACUGCAAACUCUAAUUUAAAUAGUUUGUUAGACCUACAGAAGACAGUUUGCAGCAUUGAGAAUCUUCAUUUUACCAAUUGUUCAGCGCCAUAUUUCGCAAAGUAAUAAACCGUAUAUGUUGAAAAACUUUAUUUGAAAACUUGCAAUGCAAAUAUAUAGUAACUAGAACAGUGAUCAAAAUGUUUUUAUUUUUUUUUAUUUACCACUUAAAAGCAAUUCAAUAUAAUCUGUGAAAUGAACUUUACAUAAAGCUGAAAGUAUGAAGAAAUUAUGGCUCCAAAGUGCUAGCCUAUAAAUCCCAGAGUUUAAAGCACCCCAAUAUUACUAAAUUACCCCUUAAAGACCGACGACCAGUUUGUGCUUUCCACUUUUCCCCCGCUUCCUCCUCUCCCCCCUUCUACCCUGUCCACUGUUGCCCGUUUCCUCCUCCCCAUGGGGAGGAGGACCUUCUGCCUUGCAGAAUGUCGAGUCUGGUUGUCGGCCUUUAAGUGCCACAUUUUUUUAAGUGUCCUAAAAAGUGCCAUAUUUUUUUUAUUGAGUUUUUAUUUCUCUAGUAUCACAGAUAGAAUUUCAAGUUUAUUAUGCGAAAAUCAGUAUAUCUGUGUGCACAUGAACCUUGUUACAGUUGUGCGUAUGCGCAAAGUAGCUUGCGUUUCUGCAUACACGUUAAGCAUCUUACAUCCUCUGUGGUUGAGUGUAAGGAAAAAACAGUAAAUUAGGGCAGUCCUGUUGAUGUUUUUACGCUAAAACUCCAAGUACGGUACAGCCACAUUAUUUGAGGAUACAGACUGUGCGGAAUCACCGCCACCAUCCGAAUUGUCGUCAUCGCCAUCAUGGGAUACACUUGAAGAGCUGAAUUCAGCAACAAAUUAAGUCAUCGUCUUCACUUGACGAACAAAAAUAAACUUCUUCCGAGUCACUCUAGCUUUCCUCAGCGAUAAAUUUUCAUUUUCGCAAUGAAGUUCCGCCUGCUCCGUUAGCUGGCAACACCAUUUUUAAAUGACUGUUGCCAGAGUAUCUUCUCAUUUAUCUUGCCAACUGCGGCGAAAAAAAAGAAAAAGAUGCCAACUAAUAGUAUUUGAAGUUGGGUUAGUCGGUGCAUAUUGGUAACUGGAAAAAACAGCGCAAAAAAGAAAGUGGCGGAUAAAUAUAAUGUUCCUGUAGUCUUCUCGGCCCCGUCUAAGUUGUCUCAAUUGUGUGCUGCGAUUGAGAAAGCAAAAAGUAAACGUGUGGUGUGUGAAAUCAAACAUUGUUUCAAAUACGUCGCAGGCACAGUCGCAGUUAUGUAUAAUGUUCGAGCUAGGGGACUUUCUCUUGUCUUUGAGGUCUAUGCCAUCGGGUCACCAUUGAAAUAUUGGCACAUUGAAAUAUUGGCAAGACACCCUAAAAAAUUGACUAGGGAAAUUCAUGAGGCAUUACAUAUGUCUACACGGUCCUGAUUGAGUCAGUUAGGAUGUGUAAUGAAGAGUUCAGGCGUACCGGCAUCCGCUCGUGUAUCACUACUGCGUGGUGCACGUUAAAGACCCCAGGCUAGUGGUUGUACUGCACUGGCUAAAUUGCUCAUUGCAACUUUGAAAUGGCUGACCAACUACCGUACAUGCUCUAUAAAUAUCCACACAACCCCAAUUAUUAUUGAAGAGUUCAGGUUUAUUCGUUGAAUGGGAAUGUUUGUGUAAAAGUUGGGGUUGAGUUCUUACAAUUUUUAAAUAUGUUAAAUAUCCUGUAACACAUGAUUUUUUUUUUUU